AUGUUGAAGCUCAAGGAAAUAGAGAAGAGGAGUGAGGCCGAGCGGCAGAGGGCGGCUCUCGAGGAGAGGUUGGCGGCGGCCGAGGAGAGGAAGGUGGAACUAGAGGAGAAAAAGGCCGCAACCGAGGACAUGAAGCUGAUCGAGGAGAAGGCACUCAAUUUUAUGUUCAUGGACAUAUCUAGUCUUGAUCCCAAGGCAAAGGCCUAUGUUGUACUGUGUCGCGAUGAAAUGCUCAUGAGGCAAAUGAUGAUGGGAGGAGGCAUGGGAGGUGCCAUGGGUGGCUACAUGAACAUGAUGGGAGGUGCCAUGAAUGGUGCAUUUGAUGGAAAUAUGGGAGGUGGCUUCGGUGGCAACAUGGAAGGUGGCUUUGGUGGCAUGGGAGCAGGCUUCGGAGGCAACAUGACGGGCAUGGGAAAUGACUUUGGCGGCAACACAAUGGGCGGCUUUGGAGCAACAUGA